UCAUCUACAUCUUCCCAAUGUACCCUGCCCAAUUUCCACCUGCCUUUCUCUCCCUCAAUCAAUCAAUUCUCCCCGUUCCCUCACGCUUUUCGAGAGCUUCAAUGUCAGAUCACAACCCCAAAGAGCCUAACAUCAACACCCUCAGCAUCGAUCUAACAGAGCUCAUCCUCUCUUCCCUCCCUAUCCCUUCCCUCCUCCGAGCUUCCUCCGUUUGUAAUCUCUGGCGCUCUCUCAUUUCCUCCCCUUCUUUCACUUCCCCUUCCCUUUCCUCCCCUUGGUUCUUCCUCUUCGGUCUCCACAACACUUCUUCUAGAAACAACCAGUCUUUUGCCUUCGACCCUUUAUCCAAUUCCUGGUUUCUUCUCCCUUCCCUCCAUGAUGAUUCCUCUUCCUCUUCCUUUUUGGGUUCCAGUGGCUUCCUUUUCACCACCACACCUAAAUUCAGCUACACCCCACUUCUCAAAUCGUCUUGGCGUUUAACCUCGUCGUUGAAGUACUCCAGGGUUAAUCCUCUUCUGGGUGUAUUCCAUGACGGUUCAUCCGGUGUCCACCGCGGCUUUAAAUUCAUCGUCGUCGGUGGGGUCAGGUUUAUCGGUGGCUUGGUCGAUAUUGAAGAUAGGUUGGCUGUUGAAAUCUACGACCCGAAUCACGAUUCUUGGGAGCUUUGCCCUGCUUUGCCGGCCGAUUUCAGGUCCAGGAACUCCAGCCAGUCCCUUUCAUCGGAUUUGCUCAAAGGCAAAUUCUAUGUCUUUGGGAUCUACUCUGGCUUUGUUUCCUCUUUCGAUAUGCGAAACCACGUUUGGAGCGAAGUUCAAAGUCUGAGGCCACCUGGGAUCAUUUUUUCCUUCAUGAUUUCGUGCAACGACAUGCUUGUUUUGGCCGGGAUGUGCAAUGCGCCGCGUGGGCCGUCGUUUAAUAUAUGGAGAAUCGAUGAAAGAACGAUGGAACUGAGUGAGAUCUACCUCAUGCCUCAGAGCCUGUUGUACAGUUUAGUGGAUGAUGAGGAAGAUGACAAGUUUGCGAGCUUGAAAUGCGUGGGGAUGAGUAAUCUUAUAUAUGUUUUCAAUGAAGAGUAUCACCAAAAGUACCAUGCUUGUCUCUGUGAAAUCAGUGCUGAUAAUGGGAAGUGCAGUUGGAGGAGGGUGCCUCAGUUGCCAUUAGCCGUUAACAAGUUUUCAUAAAGUCAUUAGCUUUUGUUCAACUGUUUCUUUGACUCAUAUUUUUCACUGA